AGGCGGCGGCGUGUGCGUGUGGCCCGUGUGCGGGCGGCGGCGCGGGCGGAGCGCGGAGCGGCAGCCGGUGCGGGCGGGGGGCGCCAUGGACGAGAAGGUGUUCACCAAGGAGCUGGACCAGUGGAUCGAGCAGCUCAACGAGUGCAAGCAGCUGUCGGAGUCGCAGGUCAAGAGCCUCUGCGAGAAGGCUAAAGAAAUUCUGACAAAAGAGUCCAAUGUGCAAGAGGUUCGAUGUCCAGUCACCGUCUGUGGAGAUGUGCAUGGUCAAUUUCAUGAUCUCAUGGAACUGUUUAGAAUUGGUGGCAAAUCACCAGAUACAAAUUACUUGUUUAUGGGAGAUUAUGUUGACAGAGGAUAUUACUCGGUGGAAACAGUUACUCUGCUUGUAGCUCUUAAGGUUCGUUAUCGUGAGCGCAUCACUAUUCUUCGAGGAAAUCAUGAGAGCAGACAGAUCACACAAGUAUAUGGUUUCUAUGAUGAAUGUUUAAGGAAAUAUGGAAAUGCAAAUGUUUGGAAAUAUUUUACAGAUCUUUUUGACUAUCUUCCUCUCACUGCCUUGGUGGAUGGGCAGAUCUUCUGUCUACAUGGUGGCCUCUCACCAUCUAUAGAUACACUGGAUCACAUCAGAGCACUUGAUCGUCUACAAGAAGUUCCCCAUGAGGGUCCCAUGUGUGACUUGCUAUGGUCAGAUCCAGAUGACCGUGGCGGUUGGGGUAUAUCUCCCCGGGGAGCUGGCUACACCUUUGGGCAAGAUAUUUCUGAGACGUUUAAUCAUGCCAAUGGUCUCACGUUGGUGUCUAGAGCCCACCAGCUGGUGAUGGAGGGAUAUAACUGGUGCCAUGACCGGAAUGUAGUAACGAUUUUCAGUGCUCCAAACUAUUGUUACCGUUGUGGUAAUCAAGCUGCAAUUAUGGAACUUGAUGAUACUCUAAAAUACUCUUUCUUGCAGUUUGACCCAGCUCCUCGCAGAGGCGAGCCCCAUGUUACUCGGCGUACCCCAGACUACUUCCUGUAAUGGAAAUCUAAACUUGUACAGUAUUGCCAUGAACCAUAUAUUGACCUACUGGAAAUGGGAAGAGCAACAGUAACUCCAAAGUGUCAGAAUAGUUAACAUUCAAAAACUUGUUUUCACAUGGACCAAAAGAUGUGCCAUAUAAAAAUACAAAGCCUCUUGUCAUCAACAGCCGUGACCACUUUAGAAUGAACCAGUUCAUUGCAUGCUGAAGCGACAUUGUUGGUCAAGAUACCAGUUUCUGGCAUAGCGCUAUUUGUAGUUACUUUUGCUUUCUCUGAGAGACUGCAGAUAAUACGAUGUAAACAUUAACACCUCGUGAAUACAAUUUAACUUCCAUUUAGCUAUAGCUUUACUCAGCAUGACUGUAGAUAAGGAUAGCAGCAAACAAUCAUUGGAGCUUAAUGAACAUUUUUAAAUAAGUACCAAGGCCUCCCCUCUACUUGUGAGUUUUCGAAAUUGUUUUGUUUCUUUUCAGGGAUACCGUUUAAUUUAAUUGUAUGAUUUGUCUGCACUCGGUUUACUUCCCUUCUUAAAUCUCAGCCUCAUGUUGUUCUUUGUUGUUGUCAGGACCUGGUGAGUUGAACAGAACUGUUCCCCCUUCCCCCCUCCUGUAAGACAAUGUUACUGCACAAGAGCACUGCAGUGUUUUUCAUAAUAAACUUGUGAACUAAGAACUGAGAAA